UGCCCUUUCUGGUGAAUCUAAUCAUAGUCGGUGCACGCAACAGUGUUGUUGAAAGAGAGCAUUGUAAUAACCGGCUGAGUAAAUUAAACUGAAUUUUAACACGGUUUAAUCAUCUGACAGCUUGCAAAAAUGGCAAGUAAUAGUGCAACAAGAUAUGAUUUUGUUGUCUUUGGAGCUACUGGUUUUACUGGGCAGUUUGUAGUUGAAGAAAUUGCAAGGAUUGCUGAGGAAGAACCAGGGUUGACAUGGGCAAUUGCAGGACGCAAAAUGGAUAAACUCCAGAAGGUUCUUGCAACUGCAUCUAAACACACAGGAAAAGAACUAGAGGAUAUACCAAUUAUUAUGGCUGAUUCAUCAAGUGAGAAGUCACUGUAUGAUAUGUGCAGUCAGGCUAAAGUUCUUGUCAACUGUGUUGGACCAUACCGAUUUCAUGGAGAGCAAGUAGUUAAAGCCUGUAUAGAAGCUAAAGCCAGCCAUAUUGAUAUCAGUGGAGAACCACAGUUUUUAGAGAAAGUACAACUAUUAUAUCAUGCUAAAGCCAAGGAAGCUGGUGUUUAUGUUAUUGGAAGCUGUGGAUUUGAUAGUGUCCCAGCAGACAUGGGAACAGUCUACACAAAGAAUAAUUUUCCAGGUGACUUGAAUUCUAUUGAAGCUUUCAUUGAUAUACAGACUGGACCAGAUGGUGUGACACUGAAUACAGGAACAUUUGAAUCAGCAGUUUAUGGUUUUGCUGCUGAAGGUGAAUUACCAUCGUUGAGAAAAUCCUUGUUUCCUAGUCCUUUACCAAGAAGUAACCACAGAUUACCAAAGCGGUCUGUAUUUAAGAGUGAAGAAGUUGAUAAAUGGUGUGUACCAUUUCCAGGAAGUGAUAGAUCAGUAGUAAAUAGAACACAAAGAUAUAACUUUGAUGUUAACAAGGAGAGACCAGUUCAAUUUGUUCCCUAUUUUUGUCGUCCAGGACUGAUAUCAACUAUUUUGACGAUAAUAUUUGCCACUGUAUUUGGUCUUUUGGCUAAGAUUGCUCCCAGUUUAUUGGUUAAGUUUCCAGGUUUUUUUAGUGGUGGUGUGUUCUCUUCCUCUGGUGCCACUAAAAAACAGAUAGAGGAGACAUCUUUUACAAUGACAUUUUAUGGAAAAGGAUAUGAAAAGAAAGUACCAGAUGUUGAUGUCCAACAUGAGGAGGCACCAACAAAAACAAUUGUCACAAGGGUUGCUGGCCCAGAACCAGGUUAUGUAGCUACUCCAAUCUGUAUGGUUCAAUCGGCUCUGGUUCUAAUCAAAGAGAGGAGUAAAUUGCCCCCUGUCGGUGGAGUCUAUACCCCAGGAGCUGCCUUCCAAAACACAUCACUUAUUGAGAGACUGGAUAAACAUAAUGUUAAAUUCACUGUUGUUGAGACCAAGUAAACUGUGAACAAAUUGUAAAUGUUAGUAUGAAAAAAUUUAGAAUUCUUACUUACAUUUGAAAUAUGAACACUAUAUUUAUAUGAAUUUUGAAAUUAAAUUUCCAAGUCUUUGUAUCAAAUAGUAGCCUGAGACUAGUUUCCUUAUGAUUUAGUAUUUAUUUUAGUUUUAAACACUAACUUUAAUUUUCAAACAAAACAUUCUGUAUAUCUGAUAUGAAUAAUUAAUUUUUGUUUAGCUCUAGUUAAGAUUACAGUAGCGGAGAGAUACGGUAAGAGAUUUAGAACAAGAAAACCUAUAGGCCUACAGUUAUUGAUGUUUUAGAGAGAGUUUUUAGCUUUUGUAAAUUUGCCAUAAAACAUAUUAUUUAAUGUUAUAUAUCAAAGGUACUAAGCUUGAUGUGUAGAUUGUUUAACAAUUAUGAGAAUGUUUGCUUACAGCUUCUGUAAACAUGCAUUAUGCAAGAGCAAAAUCUGCUUAUUACAAGUCUUUCUUUAGGCCUGAAAUGUUAUCUAAAUUAUCAAUUAGACAUUAAUUAACUUAUCCAGACCAUAAUAAACUCUCGAUGUCAAGGCUAGCGAUGUCAAGGCUAGUUUUCGAUGUUGGCUGGAUUAGAUUCCUAUAUGCCGCCUAACGGUCAUUGAUAAUUAAAUCAAAACAGUGGAUAAUCGAGACUAUGCUGUUUAUUUUAAUGAUUUUAGUAAUGAUGACUGAGACUAUGCAAAAAAUUUCACCCGCUUCGUUCUAGGCUCAUAGUGGAUCAAUUUGACUGAAAUUUUCAGCAAAUUACCUUUACACUAUCUAGUUUUUAACUAUUAUAGCGAGAACUGCCAUCUCUUUUUUUAUCUCCCAUAAUGUAUCUUUAAUAAUAAAACUAGUUACACAUGGAAAUAAUAUUUAUAGAUUAUCACCUUGGAGGUAUAAAUGUCCUGAUCCUCAUUGUUCUACAGUGAGUUGCUAUAUAAAUUCCAGAUCUUUAACACAAUGGAUUAUUAUUAGAAUUUUAUUUGGUUAUCUGUUAAGUUGGGUUUCAAAUUUUCUUAAGUUAUAUCUCUAAUUUAUUACUAAAAUCAUAUAUAUAGUUAAAAUUGGCAUAGUUGAUUUAAAUUUGUGAAAUUUUAAAUUCUUCAAUUUUCUCAAUUAUGUGAAUAGUUAAAAGCCCUAAGAUAACAGGAUCUUAGUGCAAUUUUUUUUUUUCGAGAGAGGUUUCUAUAUUUUAUGGAAGAAUACUAUAUUUUUAGUUUUCUUAACUACCACCAUAUUUAGGCCUGAUAUUUGGGUGUAUAGAAAGGGUUCUGUCUAUAUAUUAUUCAGUAGGAUGUUAGAAAUGUAUAUCUUCAUUUAUCUGUUAUAUUGCUAGAUUUAUAUACAAAAUAGUUUCCCUACCUUUCACUCGUGCCAUUUUCUUGCAUAACAUUUUCCUGUGCUGUAUUGAAAAAAUAUCAUAAAGUGCUUGUGGAAUUGGGUAAUAGCAUUCAAUGAGGUAAUGAAUAUGUACCAAAAGAUAAAGGUUCAAGAUUAGUAUUUGUACUUUAAUAAUAAAUGCAAGAAAACCAGAUCAUUAUAUCCAGAUUAACUUUCGAAAUAAAUUGGUACUGGUAUUUAAAAACUAAUAUUGAUACCUUUGCCAUGACACUUUUAUUUUAUCUUAUCACAUUUCUUGUUAACUAUAGAGGACCAAUUGGACCACUUUAUAUUGGACCAAAGGGCAAGAUCUGUAAGUCUUCUUAAAUAUAUGCAUUAACACAAACCAUAUAUCGUCAAUGCAAUAUGCCUCGUUGAAUGCAUGGCAUUCUUCAAAAUUAUCACAUAAUGUCAAAAUGGUGAAGAUUGAAAUUUUCAAUAGUGCAAUCUAAUGAAUUAUGAAGCAAUAUUAUAAUUAAAAAAGUACUAUUUGCUGAUAAUGGUUUGGUGAAUUUUUGAAGAAAUUGAAAAUGUUACUUAUUUUCCUAGAAUAUUGUGAUUAUUUGACAUUAUUAUUAUAUUGAUGCUUGUUGUUUACUGAUUUACUUACUCUUGUUACUAUCUAUAUAUAUGCUGCUAUAUGUUGUUUCUACUUUGUAUAAGGUGCUAAAUAAACCAUAUCAGCAUAAA